CAGAGCAGAUCGGUAAUCGUGAUAUGUUUGAAGAAGUCAAAGCUGACAAUACUGUCAGGUAGAAAGGAAUGAUUUGCACAUUUUUUUUUUCACUUCUACUGAGAUUUUACGUAGAAUUUUGUGGAAAAAGUGCUGUUUCUGGUAGCUAAAGAGAAACAGUUUAUGGUGGAACAUGGUAGCAGGUGCACAAUUACUAGUUUGAGUCACAGUUGCAUAAUCUAACAUUGUACAUGCUCAUUGUGAACUCCUCCAGGCUGCUACCUGUAUUUUAUUGUAUUAUACCUGUAUUGUCAAGUCUCUAAGCUCUGCGGGGGUAACUUGACAUUGGAUGCAGCACAUAUGAGCCGUGUGCGUCACUGGACAUUUUGAAGCAAAAUGAUGUCAAAAAGUAUGAAAAAUACAGAGCUGCCAACUAUCUCGUCAACGGUGGACUUAGUUGGUCAUAGCUAUGGCCAAAUCACUGGACCUGGAGAAAACAAAGCAGUCCCUCCACCGCCGGUGUUCAAGCCAAGCCGCGGAAUGGAGCUCAUCUUUCACAAUGUUAACUUGUCCAUUAACAAAAAAAAGAUUCUCCACAAUGUGGCUGGCAUUGCCAAGCCAGGAGAAAUGUUGGCAGUUAUGGGGCCCAGUGGCUCAGGAAAGACUACUCUUCUUUCGACCAUUGCUGGUCGCCUAGCCAGAGAGACUGGGGACGUUCUUCUCAAUGGACAGCCAGUUGAUAAGCGUAUGAGGAGGAAGAUCUGCUAUGUUCUACAGUCUGAUAUAUUCUUUGCUAAUUUAACACUGAAGGAAACACUUGUGUACACUGCUCUCCUGCGGCUCCCUGAUAGCAUGCCACACAAGGACAAGAUGGCCAGAGUAGACGAGAUUGUGGAGUCUUUAGACAUGAGAAAAUGCCUUAACACAUUAAUAGGUAAUGUUUGGCAGCGGGGACUCUCAGGAGGGGAAAAGAAGAGAGCCAACAUCGCCUGCGAACUUUUGACCAACCCCACUAUCAUGUUACUAGAUGAGCCUACAUCUGGCCUGGACUCUAGUACUGCCUACAGUCUGAUGACCUCAAUGAAGGAAUACACAGAGAGCCAUAACAAGACUGUGGUGACCACCAUCCACCAACCUUCCAGUCAAAUAUUUCACAUGUUUGACAGGUUAUUGUUGCUAUGUGAAGGACAUGUAGCUUACUUUGGAGACGCCCACAAGGUAGUGGACUUUUUUGACAGUAUAGGCCUUCCCUGUACUCCUCACUACAACCCUGCUGAUUUUAUGUUGGAGAAGGUAAAAGAGAGUGAAGAGAUCCAAAAUCUUAUCAUUGAGAAUGCUGAUGCCCGCAGACAGACAGACCAGUGGCCAAAGGAACUGAAAAAACUGGACCACAAACUGGCUCUGACCAGCACCCCAGCGGCAGAUAGCUUUACCAAGACAGCCGAGGAAAAAGUGGAACAAAAUGGCCGACCGGCUACCAACGGCGAUUUGGUUGAAAUGAAGCUGGGAAAUAACAUAAGACAUGACAGCCAGAUCAUAAGAAAUGCAGAUUCGGAAAUCUCCAUACUAAUCCCAGAUGAGAUGGCAGUCAAGUAUAACAAACAAAAGGACCAAAGAUGGCCAACGUCAUGGUGGACCCAGUAUCAGGUUCUCACCAGAAGGAAUUUUACCCAAUCAAAAGCUAGGAUUUGGUCAAAGAUAAAUUUGGUGCAGAGCGUUAUUAUUGCAUCUGUUGUUGGGUUGCUAUGGUUUCAGUUGCCAAGGACAGAAGACACUGUGUCAGACAGACUAGGAGUGAUAUUUUUUACAUAUGUGUACUGGUCUUUCGUACCAAUGUUUGAUGCCAUUACAUCGUUCCCAGAGGAGCGGGUAGUGAUCAACAAGGAGAGGUCAUCAGGUGCGUACCGUCUCUCUGCUUACUACUGUGCCAAAAUGACCAGUGAGUUACCUCUAAUCCUGGUUCUCCCCACUGGGUUUACAAUCUUAGUGUUCUGGAUGGCAGGCCUCAAUGGAGUGGUGGGAUUCUUUGGGAUGUGGGCCACUAUUAUGUUGACUUCAAUAUUAACUCAGGGUAUUGGUUUUGUGAUAGGAAUGACAGUUUUGGAUUUGAAGCUAUCAAUCUCAACAGCGGCCAUAUUUAUGUUGAGUAGUAUGUUAGCUGGAGGAUAUUACACACGAAACAUUCCUUUCUGGCUGGAUUGGAUCAAGUACCUGUCCUUUAUCAACUACUGCUAUCACACUGGGGUAAUACUGGAGUUCACAGGAGCAGAGCCCUUCAGCUGUUUGGGCAACCACACCACAGCGUACGCAGACUGUCUCCAUGACAAUAACCUUGGCCUGAACUUGAAUGGCACGCUGUACUUUAAGUCAGAGGCAGUUCUGGAGCAGAUGGGUAUCACAUGGCCUCUGUGGCUCUAUGUCCUGGUCAUCGCUGUGGCAACCAUUAUAGUGAGGCUGACUGCAUAUCUCAUCCUGAGAUUCAUCAGGAAACCUCACUGAUUAGUGGGAGAAUUUCGUCAGCUGUGUGAGGUUAUAAGCCUAAAGUACUGAUUUUUCUUCAAUGAACAGCUUAUAUGGAAAUUCUUAGUAUGUCUGUCUAGAGCUUUUUUAAUAUUAGCUGUUUAUUGAAGAAAUAUUACUUCUGUAUUCUUACUGAUUAGGAAGUAUUGCUAUGUAUGAAAGGGGGAGUCAAUAACUUGGAGCAUGACAUGAAGAAUAUCUAAGAGUGAAAAUCACAAUAAGUGUUAUAUAUAUAUAGUCAUAUAAUUCUAUACAAUAACAUGGACAUUUGACCUUGUAAGGUGCAGUGUUCAUUCACUCUCAUUGACACAUCCUUCCACCUGUUGACUUAUAGUUUAUCAAAAACUGGUGUAUCUAACUCUUUAUUCUCCCUUUUUAGUAAAAGGAAGAAGGUUUGGUGUUUUAUUCUCUUUUUAUAUUCCAAGUCAUUAAUAUACAUCUGACAAUUCAUCUUGUAGCAGCAUUUUGUUGGAAAGAAAUUAUUUCCUUCAUUCAUGUGAUAAUUUUCUUUUAUGUUUGUGAAUGGAAACUUUGUUUGAAUCUUCUGGAAUCUCAAAAUUUUCUUUACUAACACAUAUUGUACUUGUAAAUUUUUUCUUUUUUGAAAGGAGAACACAUUUGCACAGUUCUUCCUGUUUUUCUGCUUUUUUAUUUUGUCUGCUGCCAUAAUAUAAACUAACUUUCUUUACUAAGGAAACUGUUAUAGGUGUUCAUUGCUCUUCUUUUUAUUCUGAAUUUAUGGUUUCAUGUCAAAUAUACUCAUUUUUUUUAAUGUUCAGAUCACUCCAAAUAGCUGAUGCUUUAUAUACUAGCCUUGCUAAUGUUUUUUAAUGUAUCUUCCCUCAAAUAUUUAUUCUCAGUUUACAUUACUUUCUAAGUUUUGUUUUCAUGUAUACAGAAUUUAAUUAUAACACCCAUUGUUGUGAAAUGCCUGCUUAAAUAGUGGUUUCUAAGAAGAUUUAAUUUAUCAAAAUUGUAUUUUCUGUUUCUUUUAUUUAUUUAUUUAUGUAUUUAUUUAUUUAUUUAUUUAUUUACUUAUUUAUUUGUAUUUAUUUUCAUAGAAAUAUGUUUCUUUAUAUAAUUAAGUGGAUGCCAUACCCAACUGAUUUGUUGCUGUUAAACAUGACUCAUUCUAAUUCUCAAAUGUUAGAAAUAUGAACUAGACAAUUUUUUCUUUCAGAAAUCUCAUCCCAUAUUUACUUAAUGCAUUUUUACGUAUAUAAGAUAGAGUAUAUUGAAGAAGUUAAACUUGGAAAGAUAGAUUUUGCUUAUUUUACAAAACUUCGUUGGUGGUACUUAAUAAGGUGGCCAGUGCCUCUCUGAUUUUCUGAAGGUUACAAUCAUGCCACUUUCGUAUUAUUUUUUAUUAUCUUAGCAGCCUUUUCAUGUUUGUGUAUAGGGUACUUAAUUCAUCAAUAGUGAAACCGGUGUUUCAGGAAUGGUAGUCCUAGCAAUGGAAGUCAGGGCUUUCAUAUAAUUAGUACGGGUUACGGUAAGUCGUAGUAUUGCGGUUAGUAAAUGGGACGAAUGUCACCUGUACAGAGUAAUGGGGAAUAGACUGCGGUUCCUAGCGGACUACAAUUUCUGUCACACCGGUGUUUUUUUUUUUUUUUUUUUUU